AUGGCUUCGGAAGACACUCAUGAGCAGAUCACAGAGUGUCUCAUGGACAUUCUUGACACCGUCACGCCCGUGAAAGCUAUCAGAACUGAUGUAAUCACACGAGUUGUUGUAGAUGACGCAGGAAACGUGUUGCUCAUCCCGCCCAACACUGGUACGAUCGCUGUGGAGUUCCUGGCCCAGGCCCAGGAGGUGACCCGCGCGAACACAUCGAGCGAGCCUACCUCAAUCGAGUCGAACAGGGAUGACUUUGAUGACACCGGAAGUCAGGGCUCUAGUUCGACCACCAACAGCCAUAAUCAAGGACUGCAGUACUCCCUCCGCGCUCGGACCGCCCUCCAGAUAAGAGCCGGGGACACUGAUCCCAUUCUCUAUUUCUCGGAGGCAGCGAUUUCCCAGCUGCCAGUCUAUCAGAUGCGCGGCUUGGCCCACCUGGAACGCACGAAGAUUGUUGCCGUUGACUGGGGCUGUUUUGCAACUGGCGGUCAGCUAGUUGACACCCUCAUGCUCCUGUACACAGUGUUUCGCAGGCUCAAGAAGCUCAUUCUUGUCGUCCCACAGCAUAAUUUUUGGGGUUCUCUCAAGCAAGGAGUACUGAUACAGGCUCCAGGCGGCAACCGCCGCGCUGAUGACUCCCCCUACAGGCGUUCUCAGCUCACCCAAGCCCAGACCUGCAACGUCGCCUUCUACGAAGAAGGUGCCAGUGACAUCAAGUCUUUCAACGUCGGUAUCAGGCGCGCCACGGUGCUCGGCGACGAGAAAGCUCUCGCUAUCCUCCCGACCAAGACCCAAGUCCUGCAAUUCGGGGACAGACUCAUCCCCUGGACUGAGAUUGGCAACAGAAUCAUCCGGAUUCUUAGAAGCCCAGAGUUCUGGAUAUUCACUGGAAUUUCCUAUGCGAUGGAACAGCUUCCGUUGGAGUUCAUCCCGGUGCCUCCCCAUAUCAACCUCAGAGACAUCCUGAUCACGGGCACCCAACCGGAGGAGGCAACUCGUCUCCCGAGGGUUUCACGUUUGCAGAGACAGGCGUUGCGACCCUCCCGUCGCGAAAUCUACCGUCUUGAGCACCCGGCGCGUUAG